GUUUGAUAUGAAGAAAUUAAAAAAGGCAAGAAACCAGAAGAAAAAAUCUAUCUCCGAAACAACGGAAAAGAAACUUUUACAUAUAAUUCACCGAAAAUUAUUAAAUUAGCUUAUAAUACGCGAUGAUAACUAAUAGAAAAUAUUCGAAAUCUCGGAAGGUCUAUAGAAUGAGCGCUUAGAACGGGGUUGUGUGCCAAAUUAGAAAAACAUAAAAAUAUAUUUUUUUUGACGGACGACGACGGUAACAAGAAAAAAGUGAAUAAAAAAACCGUAAAAAAUACAGGGCAAAAGCGCAGCCCAUAAGCACAGUUUGAGAAUGAAUUAACCAAACAGUCCGGGAAGAUUGCAAUCAAGAUAUCGUUGAGAAAAUUACGCAAAUUUCGUAUUAUAUCUCCACACCCACUUGCCAUAUAGCCCGAGAAAAACAACAAAAAUAUAAGAAAACAAGAUUCGGAUUCAUUCCUUUGGUGUUUGUUGGUUGGUCGGUCAUGUGUGUGAUGAUUUUUCUCCCCACUUACAAUUUAUAUUUUGAAUGUGUGAAAAUGUGUGUGCGUAAGUUUGUAUGUGUGUAAGUGCAAUUUUUUUCUAUUCGCUGCGAAUGUGUGUAAUUUGUCAAAUCAAAGAACAUGAAGUGGAAAUAACACGAGAAAAGAACUUAUUUAAUUAGAAAAGUAAAAAAUGCCAUCCCAACCCAAUCGUUUAGCCAACAACAACAAAAAGUGAAAAAGUGAUGAUAUGAGCAAAUAUUCAAAACAAAUGCAAACGGAUCCAACGAAUGCCAGCAGUAGCAACAACAAUUUUACUUGAAGUGAAUCCCAAAAAAGGCCAACUCCCUGUAUAGGUUGUUACAAGACACUGAGAAGGAUCACAAGACGAAAACGGAGACCACCCAUCAGCCAACAAUCAAAAUAAACAAGCAAACUUUGCGACAUAGUCGCGAUAACACAACACUCAUUCACAAAGGUAUCCCAGAGGGAAAAAAGACUGCAACAUACGCAACCUGAGACGUCGUCGCACAAGGCAACGCAACAAAAGGUGGUGGUGGUGGCCUAGGGAAAUAACAAUUACGAAUCAAAGUUGCCGUAAUGGCAACACAACUAGACCCCAAUGUCAAGGAUGAUCUGAAGACUCAAUUUAUUACGCGAGAGGGCACCUACAGGCUAUUAACCCUCUCUGAGUAUUCCAGACCAAAUCGAGUGGGUUACACCAAUAAUCAGAGUUCGCCACAAGUACGAGUCUCCAUUGUGACUUUGCCAAAUCCUCCUGCUGGCAGCGGAGGUGGUAGUGCAGGAGGAGCCGCAUCUACUGCUACCGGUGCUGGUGCAGUAGCUACAAAUUCUGCAAAUGGCACAAACGCCCGAUCAAUACCCCCCGCUGGAAACACUUCGAAUAACCCUACAUCAAAUGGUAGCGGAGGUGGUAUUGGAGCAGGCAGCGGCAUCGCCGUUGCAAAUGAUGGCUAUAGUGAUGGUUUACAAUCCUCAUCGUCGCUAAAUGGCCCUGUAACCUCUUCGCAAUCGCAAUAUGUGGUACCCUCAUCAAUGGAUGCCCGCUUGGGGGCCGGCAUGUCUAUGCAUACCAUGAUGAAUGGUUCCGGCGGCGUUGGCGUAGGUUCAGGUGGCAACAAUGGCAUGGAUCAAAAUGGCAUGCCCAUCAAUCAGGUGUUGGGCGGUGAUCGUAUCUGUUUCAAUUUUGGUCGUGAAUUGUACGUUUAUGCAUUUCGAGGUGUUAAAAAGAGUGCGGAACUAAGUAAACCAAUUGAUAGGAAAUUCUACAAGGGAACCAAUCCUAGCUGUCAUGAUUUCAAUGCAUCCACAGCAACACCUACUGGAGCUCCUUUGCUUGUAGGUUUUACAACAGGCCAAAUUCAAUUGGUCUCCCCACAGAUAGGGCCGCGAGAAUAUCGAAAACUUUACAAUGAAGAUCGUCUUAUUGACAAAACCAAAGUGACCUGCUUAAAAUGGCUGCCAAAUUCACCAAAUCUCUUUUUGGCCUCCCAUGCCUCGGGACACUUGUACUUGUACAACGAGAAUCUACAAUGUCCGCCGGCAGCGCCUGUCUAUCAGCCCUUCAAAAUGGGCGAUGGCUAUUCAAUACUAACCUGCAAAUCGAAAUCCAGUAGAAAUCCCCUCUACAAGUGGGUCUUCAACACAGAGAACUGUUGCAUAAAUGAGUUCUGUUUUUCACCAUGCGGUUCAAAUUUGGCAAUAGUAUCGCAAGAUGGCUUUCUGAGAGUGUUCCAUUAUGACACUAUGGAAUUGUUGGGUAUAGCACGUUCCUAUUUUGGUGGCUUUUUGUGUGUAUGCUGGUCACCAGAUGGCAAGUACAUUGUGGUGGGCGGCGAAGAUGAUUUGGUUACUGUGUGGUCGUUUCACGAGCGACGUGUGGUGGCCCGAGGACAGGGUCACCGAUCAUGGGUUUCAGUGGUGGCAUUUGAUCCAUACACCACUUCAUAUACCUCAUGGGAUGGUGGUGAUUUUUCCGAUGAUGAAAAUCAAAUAAUGGAAUAUACAUCAUCGCGAUAUCCUUCGGGAGAUCAAACUAACGCCAAUGGUUAUGAUUCUUCUUAUGCGACGGGAAAUCAUGAAAAGAACUCAACGCCCAUACACUCAAGGCAAAGGCCUCAGUCAGCGUCGUUUCGUUCGGAGGCCUCUUCCCUGGCACCGGACAAACUGGCCAUAAGUUAUCGUCUGGGCUCUGUAAGUCAAGAUACUCAAAUUUGUUUGUGGGAUAUCACGGAGGAUAUUUUGCGGCAUCCACUGUCUCUAAGACAACGGGUGAAUAGUUCAAAUCUGAAUGAUACUAGUUUUAUGAAUGGCGGCACCGAUGCCGAUGGUGUUAAAGUUAUACGACCAGUGGCCAUAGGCCAUCCCAAUUUUCCACAACCACAGCACUGUAGCAGUCCUACCAAAGAAAUUCAAACUAACAAUAUGACCACAACAACAACCACAACACCACAAACAUCUGCGGGAGAACAAAAUAGUAAUAGUAGCUCUAGUAAAUUUUCCACAGCCAAUUGUACAAUAUCAUCGCAAUCGUCAAAUGCCAACACCCCGCCCGAUGACAGUUCUGUUGCGGCGGCAUCGACUUCAACGAAAGCCCAUUCAAAGUCCAAUUCUAAUACCGUCACUGGCAGCGGCAGUGGCGGAGGUACCAUAAAAUUCCCUAAUUGCAUAACGACCACUAAGUCAGAUUCGAUUGAUGGUAAUAUGACGGGGAAUCACAUAAACACAUUCUCCUCGUCAUCAGGCUACAAUAGCAAAACGUCGACUAGCAGUAAAUCUUCGGAUUCUGGCAUAUCGGCAUUCAACUCGCUAACACAGAGAUUAUCAAACUUCUCAUUUCUCAAUACAAACGACAAGAAAUCGUUGAAUCUAGAAGGUGGCAGUACGCGACAAAAUCGUCGUGCCUUAAGUCUCCUCAAAUCGCAUAAUCAUCAUAAUUCCUCAACGCUUAAUCAUCAUCAUCAUCAUCAGCAUAUGGCGAAUUCAACACAAAUUGAAACAAAUGCCAAUUCGACAUCGACCUCUUCACAUAGUUUUGGUUCUCUUAAAUUGGGCAAAUCAUCAUCAUCGCAUCAGCACCACAACUCUUUGUCACACAACAUGUCGGGUUGUUCGCCAUCGUCGACAUCCAAUUCAAUAAUAACGUCAUAUGAUCCAUUGAAAUUAAUUGGUACGCCAGCUUGCCCAAGAUUCGAUGAAUGUCCACUGCUAGAGCCAUUGGUGUGUAAGAAGAUUGCCCAUGAGCGCUUGAGUGCUUUAAUAUUUCGUGAGGAUUGUUUCCUUACGGCAUGUCAGGAUGGUUUUAUUUACACAUGGGCCAGACCAGGCUAUUCAACGAAUGUACCGCAACAUUUAUCGCCAACGCAAACAGCACCGCCUGGUGGUACGGUAAUAUAGUUCGAUAAAAUUAAUAUUAAACAGUAUCAUAAGAAUCUAGAGAAAUUCAAUCACUAUAUUCCAAAUGCUAGUACUACCACAUCAACUACUACUAUUAUAACUUCUACUCCCUCCUGCUGUUAUUUAGAAACACCAAUAACAACAACAACAACAAAUACUACUGUAACUACUCCAACAAUAAGAAAUUUAGCGCCAACAACAACAACAACAAAUAGUCUCUCUUUAACCACAGGUGAGAAAAGAGUGUAAAAAUUAUUUAAAAACAAAGAAAAAAAAUAAUAGAAAAUAGUACUAAAACAGUUUUUAUAAAAAACUUUUUUUAUACAAUUCCUUUAUUUUUGAUAUUUAAAAAAUAGAAAACAACAAGAAAAAUUACAAUGCAAAGUUAUGUACGGCAAAAUCAUAAAAUUGCAUUAAAAACACAACAAAAAUCAUAAAAGUUAUAUAACAAAAAUAAAUAGUCCUUCUACAACAUUUUCUCAUUUUUGUUAAAUAUUUUUAAAUACAAUUAGCAUAGGACUAAAUAAUAAUAAUAAAAUAUAUAUAUAAAUAUUCUAUACAUAUAUUUUCACAUAAUUCCACUGUAAUAAUUUAAACAAAAAAUAAAAAAAAAUCAUACAAAAAAUUUUGUUUUCGCAAAAAAAUCACUAAGGUCAUAUAAAUUUUCAUCUUCUGUAAUUAAUUAGUUUGCUUUCCUUUCCACUUUGAGAUCAUAUAUUUAAAAAUUGGUCCAAAAAAAAUCAAAGACAAAUGCAGGUGAAGAAUUGCGAACCUUAUCCACAAACGUGUCAUUCAAACGGUCGCUAGA